AUGGCGGUCGUCUUCGCGAAUCUUCAUAUUCUCUGCAUGUUGAUGGGCACCGCCGCGACUGUUCAGGUGGAUACCAUAAAACAAGUGGUGGAGGCGCCGAUGAAUCGCUUGGAAGGCAAGAACAAGUCUUGUGUGGACCAAUUCGGGAGACAGGUAAGGGGAUUUUGGAAGAAUUGAGUGGAAUUGUAAUCACUCCAUGUUUGUAGAUUCCAUUGGAUGUGCCUUCAUGCGACAGUUACUUUGUUAUUUCCGGUAGACGAGCAGUGUAAGUUUUAAAAAAUGGCGUGUUUUAAAAUAUUUUGUUUUUGAUUUUUUGAAUAUAUUUUUUUUCAGAAUUGAACCCAGUACUGUCAUUAGCAAAAAGAAAUUAAUCCAAGGCCUCCCAGACAGCUUGAAGGCACCUAUGGAGCAACGCAUCAAAGAUUUCGAUGAGAAAUUCAAGAAGGAAUGCUCUAAUGUAAGGUUAAGGUUGAGGGGAAUAUCAGUUUGUCGGGAAAAUAAUGAGCAAUCUGUAGCGUCGAAAAUCGCAGCGCUGGGGCCAAUGCGCCAUCUGAAAGUUUACUGAAAAUCAUCAUGGGCGCACCUCGGAAAAUUGGCACGGGCGCAGCUCGCAUCUCGGGCGCAGCUCGGAAAAUGACGUUUCCACCGGAGUUAAGCUUCAGCUUGUUUUCGAGCUGCGCCCAGGACGCGAGCUGCGCCCGUGCCAGUUCUCCGAGCUGCGCCCUAGAAUUUUCAGCAAACCUUCAGAUAGCGCAUUGGCCCCUGCCGAGAAAAUGAAUUGUGUCGCGGCAAAAUCAAGUUGUUUUUCACUUCGGCAACACAACUGGCGCAGCGAUAUUUUGCUCACUACUUUUACGACAGAUUGUGAAACUAGUGAGUUUCAUAGUACGCGGUUUCAAAAGUGCGUAGACUUUUUGCCGCAAGUUUUCGGCACUAUGCACCUUUUGCCCCGCGCAUUUAAAAAGUCACUGCGGCGCUAGGCUGUUCGACCGUGUCGCCCAAAAUUUUGCACUUGCGACAGAUAAUGCGAAGUGUAAAGGAACAACGCGCUGUGAAGUUUUAUCACGCAACAUGUACAUGUCCAGGGAAGCUGGCAUGACUAUAUUUUUCGAGAUUUGUUUUGUUCAUUAUUUAUAUGUAUGACCAAGAAAAAAGACAUCCACCCCUCUGUAAUUUCACACCUCUUUAGGCUCCGUUCUACUGCCAGUUCCUGCUCAGAGACGUUGUGUUUCCGGCAACGUCCAUCAGCUCAUUGCUCGGCGUUUGUGCACCGUGCAAACCUAAUGAGGUUAAGACGAUCAAUCGACUGCUGCAGACCCCCAACGAGCAGUUUUUCUUGCCCAUGGAAGGAUCUAUCGAUUUCAAUGUUAUGUUGCAAUGUAUGACAUGGCUGACACGUUAAGAUUCUAGGAAGAAAUCGGAGAAAAAUUGAUGUUUUUUACAGAACAUUUAUUAGUAUUUUCAUAAAGUGCUUAUAUUUUUCGUGACGUUGCGAAACUCCCCAUGUCUGAUACUAAUAUUUCAGCCGAAGGUAAACAGUGGGUGAUAGACCACAACGCGGACGAGCUAUUGUUGUCGACCACAGGCAACUCGUCAAAGUGGCUUCAAUCUCCCACCUUUGCGGUACGGCUCUCUCUGACGGGGAAGGAAAAAGGCGGUAACCUCUCGAUGACUCUGAGUUAUUCAACGUUUGUGGCCGAACGUAAAAAGCGUCAAAUCAAGAAACCCAAAGUUUUCGUGCGACGGGAUCCGCAUCAAGUUACGGUAGGUUCGGAUGGUUUGAAUUUGGGGGAAAUUUUCAUGUUAAGCUUGGUGAAGUGAAGCGGGUCAAGUCUGCCCCUGAGUGCCUCACAAGCCUUUUUUUGGUAAGACAAGUCUUUCCUUGUGAGGGUCAAGUCUUUCUCCGGGAAGGUCAAGCCUUUUUUGAUGGGUUAGGUCUUUUACUAGGUGUGUCAAGUCUUUUCCUGUAUAGGUCGAGCCUUUUCUUGACCGGGUCAAGUGUUUUCCUGUAAGAGUAAAGCCUUUUCCAAGAUGAGCCAAGUCUUUUUUCUUAGCGGCCAGACUUUUACUGAGCGGGCCAAGUGUUUUCCUGGAUAUACCAAGCCUUUCCUUGAGUGGGACAAUUCUUUCUCUGUGAGGGCGAAGUCAUUAAUUGGUCGGGCAGAUCCUAUGGAUGUGUCAAACUUUUUCUCGGAAUUUUGAAAAAGUUUUUUUCUGGACCGGUCAAGUUUUUUCCUAAAUGGCCGUCUUUUCUUUGAUAUAACAGGUCUUUUGCUGGGUGGGUCAAGUUUUUUCCUGGAUGGAGCCUUUUCUUUUAAUGUGAAGAGGUUUUUCUGGGCGGGUCAAGUCUUUUCCUAAGUCUUCCUCUAAGGGACAGGACUUUUGCUGAGUGGGUCAAGUGUUUCGCUAGGAAGGUCCAACAUAUUGUUUAGUGGGUCUAGUCGCUUCCUUAAUGGGUCAUUUCUUCUUGAGCGGGUCAAGUUUUCUCCCCUAGUGAUGUUUCUUUCCGUAGGGUCUAGCAAAGGUAUUUCCUGGGGUAGCUUUUCGUAAUAAAUUUACUUCUUUCAGACGGUCUUCCACUUUGACAAAAUGAUCCCCUUUCCAAUGGUAUGGGUGCCUCAAUGGGCGUCCGCAACUUCUUUCUUUAAAAGUCAGCAGGGAUACCUCGGACUGUCGGAACUGGCUGGUAGCUUCUUCACGUAUUGUAACUACACCUCAAUUGCCAAGUUGUCGAACGACGGCUGGACAUCACUGUGUGGAAGAAUUUAUUUCAUCAAUGGAAGCAGUAACGCGGAGCUGGGUGAGUGCACGCGGGUUGUAGUCGAAAAGUUUCGAUCUUCGAAAAGUCUUUCCCUGAGUAGGCCAAGUCGGGGCUAAGGUAGUACAGCCCCCAGGGGGGUUUGAACUACCUUCCGUGGUGGGCUGAACCACCACGCCCCGGCCAAAGUCUUCCUAUGGCUGGGCUGAACGGUCUUCUCAGGUAGCCAAGUCUUUCCUUCUAUUUGCGAAGUCUUUCCCUAAGUGGGUCAAGUCUUUCUUUCAAUGGACGAAGUCUUUUCCUCACUGGGUCAAGUCCUCCUGUGGCUGGGCUAAACGGUCUUCUCAGGUAACCAAGUCUUUUCCUUUAGUGGGUCAAGCUGUUCCUUCUGGUUGCGAAGUCUUUUACUAAGUGGGUCAAGUCUUUUCUUCAAUGGAUGUAGUGUUUUAUAGAACAGGCCAAGUUUUCCUAUGGCUUCGCAGAGGGGUUUUCUAAGGUGGACAAGCCUUUCCCUGAGUAUGUCAAGUCUUUCUUUCAAUGGACAAAGUCUUUCCCUAAGUGGGUCAAGUCUUUCUUUCAAUGGACGAAGUCUUUUCCGAAUUGGGUCAAGUCUUCCUAUGGCUGGGCUAAACGGUCUUCUCAGGUAACCAAGUCUUUUCCCUUAGUGGGUCAAGCCUUUCCUUCUAUUUGCGAAGUCUUUUCCUGAGUGGGUCAAGUCUUCCCCCGAUGGACAAAGUCUUUUCCUGAGUGGGUCAAGUCUUUCUUUGACUGGGUCGUGCACUGAAGAAAGUCUUUCCCCCAGCUUCCCAAGUUAUAAAAAUUACGCCCGAUUUACAGGUGCACAUUCUUUAUCGCCUUUUUCAUUUCAGAGAAGAUCGCGGCCGUUCUAGUUGUCAACAAAUUCCAGCCGGAACUUUCAGUCGACCGGUGCACGAUGCAAAUGAUCAGAGUCGUGCAUUCGGAGGGCGCUAGGAAGAACGAAUCCAUUUUUUGGGGCCAACACGUCACGACGAUCUUGUGCAUGUGCAAUGCGAGCAUGAGCGACCGGAGGUGCGACAAAAGGUUCAACGAGAACCCGUUGGACCCGAGAACAAUUGCGAGUAUUACGGUAACUCUGCGCAUGAAAUAAAAACAAAUUGGUUUUCAGCAAACUACAUGCUUACACAAAGAACAACACCAAAUAAACGCAACUGCGUCGACGGGAUACUAUAGCUACUGUGUUUAUUCAGAGACUAGGCUUUGGGGCGUCACGACUGUGUUCAGAGGUGAGCCGUGCUAUACCAUGAACGACGAACCUGUGCGGGCAAGAAUAUGGUAAGUUCAUUGUUUUUGUGCGAAAAUUAACAUGUAGACGCUUAGUUUUUGUUGAUUUUUAAAAAUAAGGUGUGAGGAGAACACUUUGACUCAAACAAGAAAUGACUUGAACGAGGUCCUUGGGCACUUGGAAUGUAGCUAUAUGGCAUUUUGUCUAUAUUUAUCAUCAAGAUUUCGGCAUUUUGACUUGCGCUUGCCCAGAGAAACACUUGACCCAGAUGGGUAACACUUGACUCAAACGCGGAUUUUUUUAUGAUUGCGCUAACUAUGACGUGUUGACACUAUUUUCUCUCAAAAACUUUGUAUUUUGACUCAGGAUGCAGAGAGAGAGACACUUGACCCAAACGGAAAAACACUUGACUCAUACUGGGACUUUUUCGGGACUGGCCUAACUGCGGCCUAUUCACACUAUUUUACCUCAAAACUCGUGAAUCUUGACCUUGGUCCCGGAGAGAAACACUUGACCCAGAUGGGGGGAACACUUGACUCAAGCGCGAUUUUUUUUUGAUUGGCCUAAAUAUGACAUGUUGACGCAAUUUUCUUUCAAAACUAGUGCAUUUUGACUCGAGUCGUGGAGAGAAACACUUGACUCUGACGACAAUACUUGACCAACUUUGAUCAAAUGAGAAUUGGGUUCUUGAAAAUAAAUAGUUUUUUAAGGAAAGGCGCAUGCUAUGCCUGUUGCCACGCCUCACCGGAAUACCCGUGCAAUAUGAAAUUCCGGAAAGGCACACCUUUUCUCGGUGUAUUUAACGAGUGCCAGUAUAAGUUGCGAUACGGAAAACCCAAUUUGCAUUCGCUGGAAGUUUUUGUAAGUUUGCAUUUUUGCACCGACCAAUUUUUUGUAAAUCAAAAUUUUUUAGGAAUUUCCGAAGACACUGCCAUACGCCCAACAUGUGCUCCUUCCACGAGCCGAUUUGAUCGAUGUGAACAAGGAGUUUGACAAGUUGAUGGGAUUUUUUCACAUGGAUUUGAGAAAUUUCUUGAUUACAAGCGUUGGUAAGUUCGAGGGGAAAGUAUUGUGGUAGUUAAUUUUGUUUGGGAGGCGGGGGAAGCACAUGGAGGGUUAGUGGAAGACUUGACGCAAAUAGAUCAAGUUUGUCGUAGGGAAAACUUGAGUCAUUAGACAUAGACAUCACUCUUGAGGAUAAGGUUUGUGUCGUAAAAAGUAGGCUUGACCAAAUCAGAGAGAGAUAGGGCUGACCCAUUUUGAGCGAUUUACCUAAUAAGGGGAGACUUGAACCAUUUCCAACUGUUUACUCUAAAAGAGAAGACUUGACCCAUUUUUGAACAAAUGACCAAAAGAGACAAGACUUGACCCAUUUUUGAACAAUUGACCCAAAAAGACAAGACUUGACCCAUUUUUGAAUCAUUUACCCAGGAAGGGAAGGCUGCCCAAGGGGGGAAACCUUGACCCAUUUUUAACAGUUGACCCAAGAAAAUAAAACUUGACCCAUUUUUGAAUCAUUUACCCAGUAACCGGAAGACUGCCCAAGGAGGGAAGACUUGACCCAGUUUUAACAGUUGACCCAAGAAAAGAAAAGUUGACCCAUUUUUGAACAAUUUACCCAAGAAAGGAAGACUUGACCCGUUAUUCGGCUAGUGGUACUAUCCGUUAGAGGUUGACCCCACUGGCGGCAUAUAUGACCCACAAGCAGAAGACUUGACCCGCGAAGCAUUUGACUUGAGAGAAAGCAAACUUGACCUAAAAGCGGUAGACUUGACACUUUUAUUUUUUGUUUUCAGCGACAUUCAACCCCAUUGGCCAUGCUUACUUCGAGCGUGUGUCCGAUUUCUCGUAUAAAAUCUCCUCUAACGCCACGCAUCGGAACCGAAAAAUGCGCACCUUGUGCUCAAUCUCAACUUGGCGAAAAAUGGAGUUGACCAUGGGCUGCAGAUGUUUUGUCGUCAACGAAACCGACCUGCAAUGCUGUUGUUUGAAGCGAGCUCUGGCCGAUGCGGCCAGGCUGAUGUCACUGCAGUUUCGGAAGAAGAUUCAGGGAGACCCCAUUGACGAAUUGAAUUAUAGUUGGGCCUACCGAGAAAGUGUGGCUGUAAAUAAGGAUGUGUUUGAAGAAGAAUAA